AUGUCUGUUUGGUCAUCUGAAAAUGCCAAGAAUGCUUAUCUUCAAACUGUUAAAAUGGCUACAAGUGGUAAAGAACCCGACGUCGCCGAGUUCAUAUCGGCUAUUGCGGCUGGAAAUAAUGCAAAACUUAUGGUUGUAGCCAGUGCGAGUGUAACAGAUUCUGUUAUAUUCGCACUGACUUCAGCCGCUCAACAAACACACGGCCGUGUGGUGUGCAUCUCAUGUGACCAAAAUGAAAGCCGAAUUGAUAAAGAAUGUGUUGAGUUUGUUGUAGGAGAUGCUAAAAGCCUUCUCUUAAAUGCUUACAAAGGAGCUGAUUUUGUUCUUGUAGAUUGUGACAUGAGUAAUGCAAGAGAAGUUUUUCUAGCAGCAUUUAAAGGUGCCAACAAAGAUGGAGCACUUGUGGUAGGGUUUAAUGUUAGGCAUAGGGCUUUGAGAUGGAGACAAUUGAGGGCAACAUAUUUGCCUAUUGGAGAAGGGUUGCUUGUGACUAAAAUUGAUCUUAACAUGAAGAAAGAUAAUGAUAUGGUUGUUGAAAGGAAUAAGAAGAGUCAUUGGAUUGUUCAAGUUGAUAAUUGCACUGGAGAGGAACAUAUAUUUAAGAUCACUUCUCCAUGUAAGAAAGUAGAUAUUGAAGUUUGA